GGGCAGGGGCGCUCCCCUGGAAGGAGGCGGAGGAGGUGGGCACAGUGCAAGGAGGCGGAGCUGUGCAGGGCUGGAGCUGCCCCGUGCUGGCUGGACCCCGCAGGGGCAGGAGCAGGGGCAGGUGCUGGGGCUGGCGGUGCCGGAGCAGUCCCUGCAGCCCCGGCCCAGGAGCAGGGUUGGGGGGCUGUGAAGAAAUCCCCCUCUUUCCCCUCCCUAGGGCUGAGCCAGGUGCCCCCUUCACCCGUCUCCUUUGCUGCCCCGGCUGUAUGACCUCCCCUGGGAAGGGGACCCUGCUCUCGUCCUCCGGCCACGUUUGGAAACAGCAGCAAGCGCAGCCCGGGCUCCGGCUGGAUGCGUCUUUUCCAGGCAGCGUGACGGCGCAGGAGACGUGCUCACACACGGCGCAGCCCCGCGGGGCGCUGCAGGGACCGGCCGAGUCCCGGCUGCAGCAGCCGAAGGCCCGUGGCGCGGACAUGGCUCUGGAGGAGGGAGGACAGCGGGACGCCCCAGGGGCUCGGGACAAGCCACCUCGUGUCCCCGGAGAGGAGCCCCCGCGCGAGCAGCAGUCAGGUGGCGGGACCCUGAGCAGAGCCGAGCAGCAGGCUGGUGAGGAAGGGCCCGUGCGCCCGGAGCUGCAGAGGACUUGGCCAGGGAGCCUGGGAGAGAGGGGCUGCCUGCCCCCGGAGCCGGGCCCAGGGCAGAAGGGGCAGGCGAGGGAGAGCCUGGAGCUCCUGGCGGUGUUCGAGGCCGUGGCAGUGUAUUUCACGCGGGAGGAGUGGGAGCUGCUGGACGAGGAAGGCAAGGAGCUUUACCGGGACCAGAUGCUGAGGAAUUACCAAGCCCUCGUUUCCCUGGGAUAUCGAGGUCCCACCCCUGACUUAAUCUGCCGUCUCCAGCGAGGCCAGGGGGAGCUCUGGGGCUGUGCUGAGCAGGAGCGAAGGGACAGCUCACGGCGGGAGGACCUGGCUGCAGGAGGUGCCUGCUUGCCUUGCAGAGGUGAGCAGCAGCCUCCUGAGGAAGGCUAUGCGUGCAGCUCAGGCCUGGUGAAGCACCAACCUGUGCAGAGGGAGAAGCAUCAGUACCGCUGUGUCCCAUGCGGUAAGACCUGCACCGAUUUCUCCUCCCUGGUUCAUUACCGACGCAUCCAUUUGGAAAGAGAGACGCACUGCUGCACCAAGUGCAGGAAGAGCUUUGCCAGCCAACAUGACCUGUCCCAGCACCAGUGUGUGCAGAGCGGGCAGCUGCAACACCAGUGCACCGAGUGUGGAAAGAGCUUCAAGCAGCCCUCCGACCUGGCCAGGCAUAGUCACAUGCACGCAGGGGAGAAGCAUCAGUGCUGUGUGUGUGGGAAAGGAUUUACCCAGCAUGGGUCCCUGGCCCGGCACCAGCGCAUCCACACCGGGGAGAAGCCACAUGAGUGCACUGAGUGUGGGAAGAAGUUCUCCCACUCUGGGUCCCUGACUCACCACCACCGUACCCACAUGCGGGAGAAGCCCCACCAGUGCUCGGUGUGUGGGAUGAGAUUCAGGAGAUCCGACUCCAUGGCCCAGCACCAGCGCAUCCACACAGAGGAGAAGCCACAUCAGUGCUCGGUGUGUGGGAAGAGCUUCACGAGAUCUGACGCCAUGACCCGGCACCAGCGCAUCCACACAGAGGAGAAGCCGCAUCAGUGCUCGGUGUGCGGGAAGAGAUUCAGGAGAUCCAGCUCCAUGGCCGAGCACCGCCAUAUCCACACCGGGGAGAAGCCGCAUCAGUGCUCUGAGUGUGGGAAGAGAUUCAGCCACUCGGACACCCUGUCCAGACACCGCCUUAUCCACACAGGGGAGAAGCCGCAUCAGUGCUCGGUGUGUGGGAAGAGAUUCGUUCAAUCCAGCCACCUGGCCCAGCACCAGCGCAUCCACACCGGAGAGAAGCCACAUCAGUGCUCUGAGUGUGGGAAGAGAUUCACCGACUCUGCCACCCUGGCCAAACACCACCAUACCCACACCGGGGAGAAGCUGCAUCAGUGCUCUGAGUGCGGGAAGAAAUUCAGCAAAUCCAGCCACCUGGCCCAACACCAGCUCAUUCACACUGGGGAGAAGCCGCAUCAGUGCUCAGUGUGUGGGAAGGGAUUCGCCGACUCUGCCAACCUGGCCAAACACCAGCGCAUCCACACUGGGGAGAAGCCACAUCAGUGCUCUGAGUGUGGGAAGAAGUUCACCCGAUCUGACCACCUUGCCCAGCACCAGCUUGUCCACACAAGGGUGAAGAGCUCUGUGUGUGGGAAGAGUUUCAGUCACUCCUCCAACGUGGGCCAGCACCAGCGCAUCCACACCCAGGAGCAUCCACUCCCGGUGGUGUGUGAGGCCGUGGCAGUGUGUUUCAUGCUGGAGGAGUGGGAGCUGCUGGACGAUGAAGGCAAGGAGCUUUACCGGGACUGGAUGCUGAGGCAUUCCCAAGCCCUCGUUUCCCUGGGAUACCGAGGUCCCACCCCUGACUUAAUCUGCCAUCUCCAGCGAAGCCAGGGGGAGCUCGGGGGCUGUGCUGGGCAGGAGCCCGGGGAAAUCUCACGGCGGGAGGACCUGGCUGCAGGAGGUGCCUGGCUGCCUCGCGGAGGUGAGAAGCAGCCUCCUGCAAACCUGGAGCCCCCACAGACUUGCCCAGGGAGUCAGGGUGAGAUGGACGCCCUGAGACCUGAGGAGGACCGAUGGCCCCAGAGUGAGGGGAGGGCCCCAGAGCAGACGGAGGUUGCAGCAGUGGACCAGGUAGCGUCUCCAGUUGGCCAUGAGAGUGGGGAAGAGCCAGAAGCCAGAGGGAGCCCCGAGUGCAAGGACGAAUUUGUGGAGCUGAGCGAGCUGGAGAGCCACAAGGUCAAGCUGCAGUGGAGAGAGAGCCCGCGUCCGAACCAAGGCAGUGGGGAGAGCCUUGGGGGGAAACAGGAGCUCACUGCUAUGUCCCAGGAGAAAGCCCAGCCCUGCCCCAAGUGCAGGAAAACCUUUACCUGCCCCUCACUCCUGGCUUUGCAGAAGAUGAGGCAGUCUGGGGAGAAGCCCCACAUGUGCGCAGAGUGCGGGAAGAGCUUCCCCUGCCUCUCGACCCUGAGCGCUCACCGCAGGGUGCGUUGUGGAGCGCCCACCCACCGCUUCACCCAGCGUGGGAAGAGCCUGGUGUGCAGCCCAGAGCUGGUCAAGCAGCAACCUGUGCGGAGCGAGCAGCUUCGGUACCUCUGCGUCCCGUGUGGUAAGAUCUUCAGCCAUUUCUCCUCCCUGGCUCAGCACGGGAACAUCCACUUGAGGAGGAUGACACACCGCUGCACCAAGUGCAGGAAGAGCUUUGCCAGCCAGCAAGACCUGUCCCAGCACCAGUGUGCGCAGAGCGGGCAGCAGCCACACCGCUGCAUCGAGUGUGGGAAGAGCUUCAGGCACUCCUCCGACCUGUCCAGGCAUCGGCGCAUUCACACGGGGGAGAAGCCAUAUCGGUGCUCGGUGUGUGGGAAAAGUUUCCGGCACUCCUCCAACCUGGGAAGACACAGGCGCUUGCACACAGGAGAGAAGCCACAUCGGUGCUCUGUGUGUGGGAAAAGCUUUACCCGCUCUAGUGACCUGGCCAGGCACAGGCGCUUGCACACCGGGGAGAUGCCACAUCAGUGCUCGGUGUGUGGGAAAAGCUUUAUCCGCUCCUGUGACCUGGCCAGGCACAGGCACUUGCACACAGGGGAGAAGCCACAUCAGUGCUCGGUGUGUGGGAAAUGCUUUACACGCUCCUGUAAUCUGGUCAGACACAGGCGCUUGCACACAGGGGAGAAGCCACAUCAGUGCACUGUGUGUGGGAAAAGCUUUACCUGUUCCUCUAAACUGGCCAGGCACAGGCGCUUGCACACAGGGGAAAAACCCCAUCAGUGCUCUGAAUGUGGGCAGAGAUUCAACCAAGCUGUCCAAAUGGCCAAGCACCAGUGUGUCCACACAGGGGAGAAGCCAUCAGUGCUCUCUGUGUGAGAAGAGCUUCAGUCACUCCUCCAUCCUGGCCCGGCACCAGCGCGUCCACACACAGCAACAUCCAUAAUCCCGCCAGCAAUGCAGGAAGGGCUUGCGGACGCCGCCCUGCUCAGCCCUGCCCCGUGGUCGCAUUCAGGCAAGCAGGCUCGUGCUGGUGGAGUGCAGGAAGGGGGCACCCGUUGUAGGGCAGUGCAGCACCCAAAGGACCUGGAGACCGGCCCCCAAAGUUUGCUGGUAACACCUCCUGCAGAUGCCCGCACAGGUGCUGGGGGAGGCUGUGAGGAGACGAGCUUUGUAUCAGCCUUGGAGCCUGUGUCUACCCAACUAAAUGAAGCCAGUGCUCCCAGGGAGAAAAGAAGUGCCUUCAUAACAGGGUGCCCUCCCCAAGACAGCUAGCUCCAAAUGACACCCCGGGACUGUCCUGGGCUGUCUCCCAGCUUUGUCCUCCCUCCUGGUCCCAGGGUUCCUCUAUGCGAGGCCCUUGAGGUGCAGCAAGGAGGACAUUUGUGGCUGGGAAAGCAUUCCCAAUCCUCCACCCUGACUUCACCUUUCCUCACCACCACAUGAUCUCUGUACUGUGCUGGGUGGCUGCAACUCCCCCUGCCCUCCUUCCCUUCAUUGCAUUCAUUAUAAUGCACCCUGUGCUAAUAAAGCCCCAGAACUGGA